AAUUUCUUGUCUACGCCCGCUGCACGUCUGCACGACAAUUCUACAGAACCACGUUGGAUCUCCGCCGUUCCUGUUCUCUCGCGCUACAUAUCUCUACUCCCUUGCUAUGCUCUGCGUGUACUGGUCCCCGAACUGCUGAGGCAGCUCCCACAGACGAUCAUCUCACGCGCCAAGUCGUCCGUUUCUGUUCAGGAUUGCGGCACGACGAGACCACCCACCCAUCUGCGCAUCCCCGUAGCGCCCUGCUGUCGCUGUCGCCAUUUCCUCCAUCGCCGUAUAUCGUCUCUGCAGGCGCAUGCCAUCGCAAUCGCCCAUCAAUAACUCCCGAAUCGAAAGCGCAGUCCCGCGCGAAGCCCGUACUGAGCGACCCCCGAGCGAGCCUCCGCAGACUGCGCAUACUUCUGGAGCCUCACACAUGGCCACAACGGUUGCGCGAAUCGAGGAAUGCGCCGUGAGCAGCGCGCACUGAGCAGCCAGAUUCUCACGCGCCGGCGCAUCGAGGCAUACACGCUGUGUCGGGGCUGCGGCGCAGCGUGAGGACGAGAUGGAUCUACGCUCAUUGAUGAAUGAUGGACCGGCACCGGAGAAGAAAGCGUCGCAGGGCUCGCCUCCUGCACCGCCGCCAUUGUCGGGAGGAAGGAGCGGUGGACAACAUGUGCCGCCGCCCUCUGCAGUUAGCAAUGGGGCCCCGGGGCCAUCAGCGGUCUAUCCUGCCGCAGGAUUUCCUCCGCCUGGCAGAACCGACGCAAAACAGCAAGGCGCAAUAUACGGCCAGCCUCCGGGUUCAUCAGGCCCGCCGAGUCAACCGCACAGCAGAGGUUUGACUCCGCUGCGUACUCCCGGAUCAGCUUCGACUCCAGGCUCGACUUCGUAUCCCUUUCCUCAGCAACACCCACAGCAGCAGCAGCAGCAGCAGCAGCAGCCGUUGCAGAGUCCGGCUACUGCGGGGCCACCAUCGCAGCAAUACAGACCGUACGAGGCAUAUCCGUCAACCACCCCAGGCGGGAGACCUGCGAGCUAUGGCAAUCCAUACGGAGCGCAGCCAUCGCCAUCACAGUACGCCCACCAUCCAUCACAGUCCCCGGGUGCAUCUUCCCACCACAGUCAAACGCCACACUCAAUGCGUCAGAGCCCUCGUGCAGUGAUGGGCCACCCGCCACCUCAGCACCAACCUCAUUUCCAGCACCAGCAUUCGCAACCGAGCACUCCGCUGGGCCCUCCAACACACGUGCCUCGACAUGCCAUGAAUGGAAUGGAUGCCACGAGCGCGUUCCACCAAAGAACUGUCUCGGGCGCCUCCAAUGGCUAUGUUGCGCAGUCGCCCGCACAACAUCAGUCAAGUAUCGGUAGUUUGAUUGAAUCGCCAGUUGCGCAUCCUCGACAAUCGCCGCGCAGGAGUGCAAGUGAAUACACAGCUGUGAUUGAUGAUCGCGGGCGAAGUGAGUCCGUCAGCCCGAAGACAAAGGUGCCGCCGCGCCCACCUUCACUUGGGUCGCGCCACAGCAGCCAGCACGAGGUGUACAGCGCUAGGAAUUCACUGCAACCCUCCACGACGAGCGCGGCGUCGUUUUCAGAAGCACAAAAUCACGUGCAGCCAUCGCCGGCGAACUACCAUCAGGCCAGUGCGGUAAGCGGAGUUCCACAAAACCACUCACAAGUGUCUGGGCAGCCUCCGGCGUUUUCCGCUUCGAGCAAUUCUUUGUCGAAUGCAAACAAAGCUCCGGCAACCGCACUUCAGCAUCAGCCGCGACCAAUGGGAAUGAGCCAUCUGCUUGCACCUACCCAACACGAAUCACAGUCAGGACCGCGACCAAGUCCUCCUCAGAACAUGUCGUCGCAUCAACAGCCUGAACCUCAACAUCACACGCCUAUCAAGCCUGAUCCUGCUCAGCAGAAUGGCAUCUUGCAAGCGUCGCCGAAUGCAAGCAAUCGUGGAAUCAAGCGGUCAGCCGCCGAGUCGGAAUCAUUCCAGCCUCCAGUGAAGCGAGAGCGGCGGCGGAAGUAUACAGAGCGACCUGUAUGGGCGCGUCUUCAUCCUGCCAACCCUCGUCUCCGAAUGCCAGGUGUGAUGCCAAAUGGUCCGGAACCUCGUCCGCAACCCCAGCAAUCUGGAAACCGACCACCCGCGAACCCUCCACCUCAAGUGGUCCCGCAAGCCAAUGGCCAAAAACAGCCACCACCCCAGCAAGGUGCCCCCGGAGUCAACUUCGCAGCGCCUUGGCUCGAGAAUCCGCCCAUUGAUCAUGACAUGCUACGCAUGCGCAGACUCAUGGGCGGUGCUUGGGAGAAGACAAUCCAGUGGACUACCCCAAUGCCGUCGCUCACAAAAGCCGUAACGGAUUGGCUCGUUUCACAGCUUAUGGCAUGCGAGGAUGUAGCCCAAGACCCAAAAGAGGGCCAGAUUGAGAUCGAAGCCAAAGUUGGCCGACUCUUCAAUAAGGGCAAUGGUCAACGUUUCACAAUGCCAGUUCAGAAUAUGGUCGUCAUCUCGCCGCAGUACGCCGAAGUCAAUUGCAGUUUUGAAAGCGAGAUGCAGCAGCACGAGCAUAAGGCGAUGAAUGACUUCCUGAACAAAGAGGUGCGAAAUACGCAUACUCACCCAGGACGUCAAAAACUAUCAUAUGAGCACCUGGAAGAGACCGACACGUUCGAGAGACUUUCCAAGAUUGGCCUGAAUGCCCUACCCGAAGCCAUACAUCGACGCCACCUCCCGCGCGACCCCAAAAUGCGCACAACAACGGAGUCGAGUCCAAAGAGCGGCCGUAUGGGCCAAGUCAAGGCUCGCAUCAUCAAGGUCAAAGUCGCAGAUCUGCACAUAUACAACCCUCUUGCCGACUACGAUCUCCGAAUAACGAUGAAUGUGGAAUGUAAUCUGAUGCGAGCAGACCUUGACCCAGGAGCUUUGGUUGAAGCUCCGACACCAGAUAGGCCGAAUCAGCCCGCACGCGUGAAGAACCGACUCUCCUACAAGCAUUUGAACGGCAUCUAUCAGAUCGAUCUGACGAAAGUAGAUCAAGUUGGUCUUGCGCCCAAGUUUGAGCUUGAGUUGGAAGUCGAUGCCGGCGCGCUUCGAAAGCAACUGGCUCCACUUUUACAGGGUGGAGAGUCGGCCUUUGUGCAAAUCGUCGAUGGCUUCAUCGACAACGCAACAAUAUUGAUGCAGCAGAAGCGUUCAGGACCUUGAGCAAGGUCUACCAGUGAUAUGUUCAACUUUGAACACACAAUUUUGUUGCACAACACCAUCACGCCCUCGCACCAUGUGCUACGACACUGAACUGGGCAUGAAAACAAAGACUUCGAUUUUCCAAAAACAGCAUUUCAUGUAUCAACAUUAACAUCGAAUCAUCAGCAGCGGUUUAGCGAGUUUCCUUCCAGCUUUUGUAAUAGGUGCUUGUGAAAAGAUAGGAAGGAAAACUAGGAAAGAGAGAUACCCCAGACACACAGAGCUAGGCAGAGAAAAUGCAAACACGAAAAUUUUAUUUGCAAAACGAA